AGAGUGUGCAGGAGGCUGAAGCUGUCCAGCAAGGUGUCACCAAGGACCCUGGGCGCUGAGCGAUGCAAUGGGGAUCCCAGGAACAAAGGAGCCACCCGGCCUCUGCACGACACCAUCCAUGCUGAGAUUAGACCGGAACUCGCACUGCAGUGACACCAUCAAAUUAUAACCUGGCAAGACAAGAGAGGAAGGGCCAUCGAUAGGAAACGUGAAACAAAUGAGACUGUCAGCAGCUGAAGGCUUUUCACUGAGUGGGAAAUGUCAUACAGGAAUAGAGAGGGGUAAAGAUGGAGACUACUGUAUUCCAGACACUGUAGCUGGUCUUUCAGACACAAGGUCUGGUAUAAGAAGCCAAUAAUUCUGUGAGGUGCUUAAACAUCCCCACUGGACCAAGGAGGACACUGGGGAGAAAGGAAUAAGAGGACAGAACAGCAAAGAAGAAAGAGAAGGCGACAUCCUCACCGACCGAGCAAAGAUUGACAUUCGUAUCAUCACUGUGCACCAUUGGCUUCUAGGCACUCCAGUGGGGUAGGAGAGGGAGGUCUGAAACCCUCGCAGAGGGACCUUGCCCUCAUUCUUCGGGUCUGAAACGCUGGCAGUCGUUGGAAACAGGACUCAGGGAUAAACCAGCGCAAUGGAUUGGGGGACCCUGCACACUUUCAUUGGGGGUGUCAACAAACACUCCACCAGCAUCGGGAAGGUGUGGAUCACAGUCAUCUUUAUUUUCCGAGUCAUGAUCCUCGUGGUGGCUGCCCAGGAGGUGUGGGGUGACGAGCAAGAGGACUUCGUUUGCAACACACUGCAACCGGGAUGCAAAAAUGUGUGCUACGACCACUUUUUCCCGGUGUCCCACAUCCGGCUGUGGGCCCUCCAGCUGAUCUUCGUCUCCACCCCAGCGCUGCUGGUGGCCAUGCACGUGGCCUACUACAGGCACGAAACCACUCGCAAGUUCAGGCGAGGAGAGAAGAGGAAUGAAUUCAAAGACAUAGAGGACAUUAAAAAGCAGAAGGUUCGGAUAGAGGGGUCGCUGUGGUGGACAUACACCAGCAGCAUCUUUUUCCGAAUCAUCUUUGAAGCAGCCUUUAUGUAUGUGUUUUACUUCCUUUACAAUGGGUACCACCUGCCCUGGGUGUUGAAAUGUGGGAUUGACCCCUGCCCCAACCUUGUUGACUGCUUUAUUUCUAGGCCAACAGAGAAGACCGUGUUUACCAUUUUUAUGAUUUCUGCGUCUGUGAUUUGCAUGCUACUUAACGUGGCAGAGUUGUGCUACCUGCUGCUGAAAGUGUGUUUUAGGAGAUCAAAGAGAGCACAGACGCAAAAAAAUCACCCCAAUCAUGCCCUAAAGGAGAGUAAGCAGAAUGAAAUGAAUGAGCUGAUUUCAGAUAGUGGUCAAAAUGCAAUCACAGGUUUCCCAAGCUAAACAUUUCAAGGUAAAAUGUAGCUGCGUCAUAAGGAGACUUCUGUCUUCUCCAGAAGGCAAUACCAACCUGAAAGUUCCUUCUGUAGCCUGAAGAGUUUGUAAAUGACUUUCAUAAUAAAUAGACACUUGAGUUAACUUUUUGUAGGAUACUUGCUCCAUUCAUACACAACGUAAUCAAAUACGUGGUCCAUCUCUGAAAACAAGAGACUGCUUGACAGAGGAGCAUUGCAGUCAUUUUGACAGGUUCCUUUUAAGUGGACUUUCUGAAAAUUUAUAUAACUGUUGUUGAUAAAGAACAUUUAUCUAGAAAUUGAUACUUUUAUUAGGAAAAUAUAUUUUUAUAGUCUUGGAUGUUUUUAGUUCUGACUUUGAAUUUAUAUAAAGUAUUUUUAUAAUGACUGGUCUUCCUUACCUGGAAAAACAUGCGAUGUUAGUUUUAGAAUUACACCACAAGUAUCUAAAUUUGGAACUUACAAAGGGUCUACCUUGUAAAUAUUGUUUUGCAUUGUCUGUUGGCAAAUUUGUGAACUGUCAUGAUACGCUUAAGGUGGAAAGUGUUCAUUGCACAAUAUAUUUUUACUGCUUUCUGAAUGUAGAUGGAACAGUAUGGAAGCAGAAGGCUUUUUUAACUCAUCCAUUUGCCAAUCAUUGCGAACAACUGAAAUGUGGAUGUGACUGCCUCAAUAAAGCUCGUCCCCAUUGCU